GCGAUGGGAGACAGACUGAAGGAGAUUCGAGAGCGCCAGAGGAAGCGCCGGGAGCUGCUGGCACAACAGCUGGGAGCGGCAGAUGCAGACAGCCUGGGGCAGGUGCUGAAGAGUAAGGUGGAGCUGGAGGAACAGGCCAAAGCUACUCCAGCUGCCAGGUCUGCAGACGAGGCACCUGAAGCCAAGCGCAGGGCCACUGAGCCCAGCGUGGACAAGGAAGAACGGAAGGAUGCGGAAUGGCAGGGAGAAGGGGAUGAGGAUGAAUACUUUGAAUUGGUGGAAGAAGUGUACCAAGACUCCAGCACCUUCCUCAAGGGGACUCAAAGUGCCAACCCCCACAAUGACUACUGUCAGCAUUUUGUGGACACAGGACAGAGACCUCAGAACUUCAUCAGAGAUGUCGGAUUGGCAGACAGAUUUGAAGAGUAUCCCAAACUGAAAGAGCUUAUCAAGCUGAAAGAUGAGCUCAUUGCAAAAACAGCAUGUCCACCAAUGUUUCUCCAGUGUGACCUGGAGACUUUUGACAUGCGUGAACUGGACUAUAAGUUUGAUGUCAUACUGAUAGAACCACCACUGGAGGAGUAUCAAAGGGAAGGAGCUUUGUACAGCGGCAAAUUCUGGGCCUGGGAAGAGGUGAUGAAGCUGGAGAUUGAGGAGGUUGCUGCUCAGCGAUCUUUCAUCUUCCUGUGGUGUGGGUCUGGGGAUGGGCUGGACUGGGGCAGGAAGUGCUUACGUAAGUGGGGUUUCCGACGCUGUGAGGACAUCUGUUGGAUCAAGACGAACAUCAACAACCCGGGAGUCAAGAAGAACCUGGAACCCAAGGGUAUCUUCCAGAGGACUAAGGAGCAUUGCCUGAUGGGAAUAAAAGGAACUGUCCGCCGUAGUACAGACGGAGAUUUCAUUCAUGCUAAUGUGGACAUCGAUCUAAUCAUCAAUGAGGAACCCGAACACGGCAGUAUUGAGAAACCUGAUGAGAUCUUCUCCAUAAUGGAGCACUUCUGUCUGGGGCGGCGCCGGCUUCACGUGUUCGGCCGGGACGACACCAUCAGACCAGGUUGGCUGAGUAUUGGUCCAGCCCUUACCAACACCAACUUCUCUGCAGAGACCUACAAGGCUUUCUUUAACAAAGGACCAAACGACUUCCUCACAGGCUGUACAGAGAAGAUAGAGGCACUCCGACCCAAGUCACCCACACCGAAAAUCAAAGGAGAGGGUCGAGGAGGGAGGGGUGGGGGGCGAGGGGGGUCCAGCAGAGGGGGAGGGGGUAGAGGUGGGUUUGGGGGAAGGGGUGGUUUCGGGGGAAGGGGACGGGGGAGGGGGAUGCACAGAGGUGGCUACAAUCCCAGAUAGGUCUUGGUUUCCGGUGAAGGAAAAGGUGAGUUUCCAGAUCACUGGUGGUUUUGACAUUCUGUUACAAGGAAUAAGUUGCCAUAGGGAAGAUGCCCCCAAUUUCAAUAUUGGUUGCCGUGCUAUGUUUAGAAACUAUUGACUCUGAACUUAAACCAUUAUAUCUGUAUCAUCAUAUGACCGAAGCACAACUCCACACAUGUUAUCAUACAACAAAUAAGUCCUUAAUCAGAUCAACCUGUAGUGUUAAUACUAUCAGUAUCAAAAGCUACUGUAGACAUGUAAUAUUAAUCAAGGUGCAAAAGUAAGAAACUACGAUUAAACAAGA